AUGAGAACAUGGAUGCAUUUAUUAAUUUUGCCCGCAAUAAAAAGUUUGUUCGUCAUAUCGUAUGCAGCUGCGGAAGAACAAGCUGAAUUGCCUCCUUUACCUUAUUGGAUUUUGCUAGUAUAUAACAAAGAUUGCACAGGAUGUCCACCACACGGUUCGCAACCAGGCAUUGUUCCAUAUAAAGGAUUUUACCCUAGCAAUGCAUUACCCUAUUAUCCAGGAGAGCGAGAUAAGGAACUGGCAAAUUUUCGAAAUCAAACCGAGGAGCUAAAAGCCCAUUAUUUGCAGCAAGUUGCUGUUCUUCAUAGUCAUGAAGAUCCUAAUAGCAGUGAUGAAAAUUUAGAUGGUCACGGAAAAGGAAAAGGGAAAGGAAAAGGAAAAGGCAGUAAGAGGAAAACAAGUUUAGGUUACCUAAAUAGCAUCUACGACUACUUAGAUUCAGCGGAUGUCAGUUAUGAGAGCAGUGGUAUUGAUGAUUCAGAAUCUGGAGAUAGUAGUAGUAAAAACUAUGCCCAUCAUAGUUAUCAUUCAGAUAAUAGCAUAGAAGAAUAUGACACAGAAGAUCAUUACGGGGGUUAUCAUAAUGAGAAUUACAAAUAUGAUGAUUCAAGGGCAAAAGAUACCAAACCUGGAUCGUUAGCAAUUGGAAGUAUUAAUACACAAAAUUCUGGUACAGAAGGUGCAUAUGCUUUACCAAAUUAUGGUGAAGAGGGCGGUAUGGAAGAAAGUAAAGAUAGUGGAAUUGAGAGUCAUAUUCAUCCAGGUGACAUAUAUGUGGGCUUCAGCAAUCGCAGAAUAUCGUUGACAAAUAAGCAAAAGAAAGAGGCAAUAAAAUUAUUGAAAUUAGAUGAAGAAAAAUACAAUGAAGUAGAUCUCAUUAAAAGAACCACGAUUAUAACUGUGAAAGAAGCAGAAUAAUGCACUAAAUGUAUA